UCCCCCGCACCGACUGAUCCUGCUGUCAACUUUGAGCUUAAUCUUUAAUUAUUUGGCCUACCCGUUUUACAUCUCAACCGAACGGAAUAGGUCUUUUUCAAAUGGAGUUUGUUAUAGGCCGGAAGAUAAUGAAUCCUCUGAAGUUGUUUGAUUCAUAGCCUUCCAUAGCAAGACAAAAUGGAGGAUCAUUUAAAAAGAGCUCCAUAUAAAAACAAGACAUGCCAGUCGUCACCCGAGGACUGGUUCAAGAGAAGGCAGAGCUCAGUAGACAAUCAGCAUGACGUGGCACCAAGGACGCACGUCAACAACAGCAGCUCUCACAACAACAAGAGCGCUAAUCUCAAAACCCACCGUGGUCGAAACGAUGGUUCAGACAAGCAAACUGGAAAGAUACUGAAGGACAACAGAGCUGAGCCUUCCUCUCAGGACAAAAGAAUCAGCAGGAGAUCAACAGACAGAGGUUACAGAGGGACCAAACCUUCCCCAAACCCCGCAGAGAGAGCCAAAUCAGCCAUUACAUGUAGAAGCACAUUUGAAAUGAAAAUUGCUGAUUUCCCUGAAUUAGGUGAUAUCACACCCAGCAACCCUACAGCAGCUUCCCUGCACCAGGAACCAUGGGUAUGCGCUGGUGCAGUCAUGCCAGCAGAGCGUCAGAGGUCACCAGCACCCAUCUGUAAGAAUGUACCAAAACAAAGAACCAAGUCGGCACAGCAAGUCCCGUCCAGUGGAAAGUGUGACAUGUCAUCAGCUGUCACAUCAGAUCAGGACAGUGCAGUAUCCAAUCCCACUGGAUCUUCUGCUCAGUCCUGGGCAAACAUUGCUUCUCAGCCUCCCAGAGUCAUCCAGAAAAGCCUCAAAGCCAACACAUUGUCUCAGGAGGAUUUAACUACACAGCCAGUAGAACAGAAAACCGAAAAGAAGAAGAGGAAGAAAAAGAAGAAAUCCAAAACAGCAUCUGAAAACGCAGAUGAGACCUUAGAGGAACAUCUGAUACAGCAGGAGCCUCCAAAGUUUGAGGAUGAAGAAGAGUUUCCAGACCUGUCACUUGCAUUUGAACUGAAAGGACAUUCAGUAGCACAAAAAGAGGGAUUGUCCUUACACAAAGGCACUACACCCACUUCUGCGUCCAGUGACCCUAAGAAAACACAGCAGACUAGUCAGAAGAAGUCAAAAGUUCCUGUAAAGCUUGACCUUGGAAACAUGCUGGCCGUUCUUGAGGAGAAGCAACAGUCUCAAAAAUCCAAACAAGACCAGCGACCACUAACACUUUCAGUUGGAGGAGCUCUACAUGUAGUCCACAAAGAACCUACAGUUCAGAAAAAGCCAUGGCAGCAAGAGAAGACACCGCACAACCCGCUGGACUCCACCUGUCCACUAGUGAAGAAGGGCAAACAGCGAGAAGUUCCCAAGGCGAAAAAACCAACACCACUCAAAAGAGUCAUUCUUCGGGAGAGAGAGGAAAGGAAACAGAACCGCCUGCUGGAGGAGAGAGACCCGGCCCGAGUGGCCACCGAGGCUGGAGAAAAGGAAACUAGUAAUAGUGAGAAUCCUUCUGAAACAAGCCAUGCUGACCAUGACCAACAUCUUCACACAGAUAUAGAUGACAACCCUGAACUCGUUGGUACUGAGGAGUCAGAGAAUGGCCAGCCUGGUUCACCAUCUCAUCACAAGUUGGAUGACAGCAUGUCAGAAAAUGCAACACUAAAAUCCUGGAAUCCUAAUUCCAUUCCCAACCUUCCUAAAAUCCACAGCAGGAAGUUCAGAGACUACUGCAACCAAGUGCUUAGAAAAGAUGUAGAUGAAUGUGUGAGCAGCUUACUGAAGGAGCUGGUGAGGUUUCAGGAUCGUCUUUAUCAGAAAGACCCCAUGAAGGCCAGGAUGAAGCGCAGGCUGGUCAUGGGCCUACGAGAGGUGCUGAAACACCUCAAACUCAGGAAGGUCAAGUGUGUUAUCAUCUCGCCCAACUGUGAACGUAUUCAGUCCAAAGGCGGUCUAGACGAGGCUCUUCACACUAUCAUCGACACAUGCCGGGAUCAAGGCGUCCCGUUUGUGUUUGCCUUGUCAAGGAAGGCGCUGGGCCGCUGUGUUAAUAAAGCUGUGCCUGUUAGCUUGGUGGGCAUCUUUAACUAUGAUGGCGCACAGGACCACUAUCACAAAAUGAUUGAGUUAUCGGCUGAGGCCAGGAAGGCCUAUGAGGUGAUGAUUGCAAAUCUGGAGGCUGAAUCGCAGGAAGAACAGGAGGAGCAACAGGAGGUGGAGCCGUCAGGAGAACCUUCUGGAACUGAAGAGCCAGAGUACAAGCUGAGGUCACGCUUCUGUGACACGGAAACAGAUCACUACAGAGUUUCCAACCCCGCGUGAGCCUUUAGCACCCUGUGAAAAAUGUCAGGAAUAGCUUGAAGUACCAAAUGUGCCUGUCUAGAGGAUUUUAUGAAAUAAUGUAAACGUAUAUAUUCCUGUAACCUGGAAUCGAGAGGCAAUACAGCUGAAAAUAGAGAACAGCCCUUGACUAAAAAUAUUUUCUUAUAGAUAUCACAUACUUAGUUUGAUGUUUCCACAGUCCGAAUAGUGAAUAUUUUUGCAAAUAGCCAUUAUCCCUUUAUUUCUAUUCAAAUAAGUGUAAUAGUUUGAUAAAAUGACUGAAACAAUCUGAACCAUUUAAUUUAUGUACAUGUUUACAUUUGUAAAUCAAAUGUAUUUUUCUUCUCCAGUUGGAUGCACAAUUUUACUGAUCAUGACCACUGUGUUUGCAGCCCACGUGUCGUCAUUAUCGGCAGGGUCUAGUUCAUUCUGAAGGCUCAUAAAGUGAAUGAUUGUUAUGACCAUGAGCUGUUUGUGGGAAUACAUCGCUUACCUAAAUCCUAGACCUCACUUUUAAUUUAUAAUUCUCCUCUGGCUGUUCCUCAACACUAGCUAAACCAUUAAUACUGAGUGCUCGAGGUGCUUCUCCUUAAAAUUCUCAGUGUUAGUUUAGCUCUAUGCCUUCAUGCUGUUGACUGCAGUUAAUAGGGAAUGUGUGUGUGUUAUGCACUUGUGUAGUACUCAGUGGUCUAUGGCAUAUAUAUAUGUAGCAUAGAGCUAACAAUUCAAAACUUCACUUAGCAGUAACAAAUCAUUUUCACAUAUAAACCUUUUUACCUGCUUCUAUGUAUUUUCAGAAUGUUGACUUUGGGACCAAAAACAACUUUGUGAUUGUGAAGGUUUUGGAAUUUUCUCUAGUGUUUGCAAUAAAUGAUCUUAUCCUUGAAAGACCAGUAUAAAUGAAUAGAAAUCAGUAAUGAACCAAAUAGUUUGUGGUCCUUGUUGACUUCCAUUAUAUUUUUUUCCAUACUAUGGA